UGAACGACCUCGUAGAAAUCUUUUAUGAGACCAGUGAAGCUGUGGAUUAGUUAGUGUUUUUGUUUUUCUUUCAUGCACGUGGAAAUGACCUUAUCAAUGGACAGCCGAUUUGGUGAGACCCCUGAUCCAUUAAGGUGACCCCUAACUCUGGGGCUCACGGUGCUGUAUGUGCAUCAAAUCCACACUGUCCAACCAUUUUCAAAGCUCAUUUUACAGUAUGAUCCAAAAAAUGAAGCAUGCCCAAAUCUUAGGUGGACCACACCACGAGAAACAGUCAUGAUUGAAUCCUCACCAUUAAAAGCUUCAUAAAGUGCCCCGGGAUGUUUAUUUGCCAUCUAACCUGUUGAUAUAAGGUCACAAAGACCUGUAUGAAGAUACUACGCAAAUAUCAUCUUGAUCCAAGGCUUUCGUGGCCCAUGAGAAGUUUUCAAUGGUCAAUUACUACUGUUUCUUGUUCUAUGGUCCUUUUAAGAUUUGGAUCUACUUCACUUUUUUUAUCAUGCCCUAAAAUGUUUUGUGAAUGCAGAUGAACGGUAUGGAUGUAGUCACAUACAUCAAGGUGGGCCCCACAGUCAGAGUCCCACGCACCUCGGUUGAUCCAGGGAUCCACCGGAAUCGGGCCCUUUAUGAAUGAGCUGGAUGGCAAAUAAAUAUCACCGGGCCCAUGAAGGAUAUAAUGGCGAGCCUUUCUAUCCCUACUUUUCCAGCGGUGUACCCCAGUUGAGUUUCUGAUCUACCUCAUGUUUGUUUUUUUUUUUUGGUUCACAUCCUAAGUUGAGCUGGGGAAACUAAUGGACGGAAUGGAUUUCAGGUGGACUUCUCGGUGGGCCCACGGAGCUUGGGGUUAGAGUAACUCCCUGUAGCACCUGUGAGAGGUAACUCGUGUGGCACCGUUUCCCUCUCAAUGGAGCAAUGCUCCUCAGUUUGAACGUUGAAGCCCAUCAUCGGCUGCAAUUAUCCGUUUUCUCUGACGACUGUUUAAAUCCCGCACUUAGAGAAAAUUAACAGUCCAAGAUCGGACAUCAAUCAGACCCCACCAAUAAAACAUGUCCUUCAUCCAAUCGCUACCGUCCCUCUCUGUACUCAGCAGCUGCACCACCACCCAAGAAAUCAAACAGAUCCAUGCCCAAUCCAUCAAAACAGGCCUAUUUCAUCACAAUCCUUCAAUUCCAACAAAAAUCACCCAAUCCCUCUGCCAAUCCCACCACUCUUCCGUACCGAAAUCCGACGAAAUCGAUUACGCUCUGUCUGUCUUUGAUCGGACGGCCGAGCCCUCUUCUUUUCUCUACAACACACUCAUCAGGGCCCACACACAAAUCCAUCGCCCUGAGCAAGCGUUCUUGCUUUUCUACAGGAUGCUCUGCGAUCCGAAUCCCGUUCUUCCCGACAAAUUCACGUUCCCUUUCGUCCUCAAAUCCUGCGCCCAAUUGUCUGCCAUUGAAGAAGGCGAACAGGUGCACUGCUUUGUUUUGAAAACCCACUUUGUAUCGGAUCUCUUUGUGCAGAAUUCCUUGAUUUAUAUGUAUGCUCGUUGUGGGAAGAUCGAGAACGCUCGUCGAUUGUUUGAUGAAAUGUCCCGUAGAAAUGUUGUUUCCUGGAAUUCCAUGAUUGAUGGGUUUGCAAAAACUGGCGAUGUUGAUGCUUCACGAGCAUUUUUCAACGAAAUGCCUGAAAAAAAUAUCAUUUCUUGGAAUUCGAUGAUUUCUGGGUACGUGCAGAAUUCCCUAUCCCAUGAGGCUCUUGAUCUAUUCCUACAGUUUCAGAGUUCUGGUCUGAGGCCGGACGAAUCCACGCUGGUGAGCAUUGUCACUGCAAUUUCCCAUCUGGGUCUACUUGGAUUGGGCAAAAGGGUCCAUGGGUAUUUAAUCCGCCACGAAUUCUCACUGAAUGGAGUUCUUGGUGCAGCACUGAUUGAUAUGUAUUCCAAGUGCGGGAGCAUCUCCACUGCCUCCCAAGUUUUUGAAAACAUACCGAAUAAAAACGUGGGGCAUUGGACUUCGAUGAUUGUUGGGUUUGCAAUUCACGGCUAUGCAGAAACUUCUCUGCAGCUGUUUUCGCUAAUGCAAGGUUGGGGAGUGAAACCCAAUUCGGUGACCUUCCUUGGUGUUUUGAUUGCUUGUAGUCAUGGCGGUCUAGUUGAAGAAGGCUUGAAACAUUUCAGCCUUAUGAGAAGAAUGUAUGAUAUAAGCCCGGCAAUCCAGCAUUAUGGAUGCCUGGUAGACCUUCUCAGCCGCUCAGGUUAUCUUGAAGAAGCCAUGACUGUCAUUGAAAAUCUGCCAUUGGAACCAGGGUUUGUGAUCUGGGCCACACUACUGGCCGCAUGCAGGAACUAUGGGAAUAUCAAGAUUGCAGAGAUUGCGGCACAGAAGCUGAUCGAGCUAGCUCCAAAUUAUGGUGGCUGUUAUGUUCUUCUGUGUAAUCUUUAUGCGAGCUUUGGCAGAUGGGAUGAUUUUAGUAGAAUGAGGAGGAUGAUGGAGGAGAAAGGAGUCGAGAAGGUUCCUGGUUUCAGUUGGAUUGAAGUGGAUGGUCAAGUUCAUGAAUUUGUUGUGGAUGACAAAUUCCAUCCAAAAUGUAGAGAGAUCUAUAACAUGUUGGAUGAGAUUGACUGUAAGUUGAGGUGGGCGGAGUAUGAAUCAGUUGUAGAAGGUAAGCUACUUCGCAACAACAACACCAUUGAGGAGGAAUUGAGUAGCAGUAUACCAUCCUUGUCCAUGGAUUAUCUAUGACAUUUCCAUUUAUUCUUUUGGGAAGAAAGGAUGUACAGGAAAGACUGUGCAUAUUAUAUACAAUGGAAGUUAGCAUAUAAAC